AUGUCCGAUGAAAAAAGCAGUACAAGUGUAACAACAACAUCAACAUCCAAUAAACAGCAAAAUGAUCUUUUCAGUCGUGGUGAUCGUUUCUACUGGAAAUGUGAAUAUGAAAAAGCUAAACAACAUUUUCAAACACUUUUACUACAACCAUCAAUGAGCCUUCUUGAUUCAGCUCGAUGUUACAAGUCACUUGGUGCAGUCAACACUAAAUUACAAAAUUAUGAAGAAGCAUUAAAUAACUAUCAUAAACAGCUUGGUAUAUUAAUUCAAUUGAAAAUACCAAACAAAACAGAAAGUGAUAUUGCCAAGUGUUUCAUGUCUAUGGGUAUGGUUUGUCAGCUACAGCAUGAUUAUGUUCAAGCUCUUGACUAUCACAAACAAGCACUCGAUUUUCUUUCUUCCAUCAUACCAAUUCAUAAUCUUACAUCAACAGUUUAUAAAAAUAUGGCCAAUUUAUAUACAAAAACAAAGGAAUUCGACUCAGCACUUACGUACUUUGAAAAAGCACUUGAACUUGAUGGUCAAAAUGAAAAAGAAGAUCAUCUAGAGUUGGGACAAACCUAUGCAGAUAUCGGAGCUAUGUUCUAUUCUAAAGAAGAUUAUAAACAAGCAUUGGAUUAUUUUAUGAAAGCACGUGAAAUAUGGCUAAAAUCUCUAAAACCAAAACAUAUCUAUAUUCAAUCAUUAGAAAAGACAAUUGGUACUGUUCAAUCAAAGUUAGGUAUGUACAUGUCAAGAAACAUAGUGUUUGCGAAUUAG